AUGCGUCUCGCCAAGCUCUCGUUCAUCCUCCAGGCUUUGCUUCUGACCGCUGCGGCGGCCCAGAGUGCAGCGGCCUCCAACCUGCUCAGUGAUCUGACCGACGCUACAUCCAGUUCGGCCCCCGCUGAAAGCACCACCGCGGAGCCUACCACUUCUGCUACCUCCUCAUCGGAUUCAUCGACUUCAUCGACCUCAUCGACCUCAUCGACCUCAUCGACCUCAUCGACCUCGACCUCAACUACUUCUACAUCCGAGUCGACUACCUCAACUGAGCCCUCUCCCACCACCUCUACCACUUCCACCACUUCGUCUGUUGCUCCCUCCACUACCUCGGAAACCGAAGUGCAGCCGACUACGUCCUCUACCAGGGAACAAGCUGCCACCACCUCCAGCAGCUCCAUGGAAUCUACCACCUCGAGUUCUUCUGAGACCUCCUCGACAACACAGACCCCGGUCGUCAAGACCAUCACCUCCUAUGAGACUGUCAGCGGCAGCACCAUUGCCAAUGUUAUGACCACUACCUCCACUCCCGUCUCGAGUGCAACCUCUCCCUCGCUCAAUAGCGACAGCAAGGGCUCCUCCGGUGGCGGUCUCUCUUCAUCUGACAAGAAGAUCAUCAUCGGUGUCGUGGUUGGUGUCGGUGGUGCCAUCGUGCUUGGUGUUCUGGCGGUUGUGAUCUGGCGCAUCCAGAAGAAGCGCCGCGAGCAGUACAACGACGACGAUGAUGAUCUAAUGGGCGGUACCGCUGUUGGUAGUGGCCCUCGCGAGAAGGCCCCCAGCCCAUCCGGCGGCACCCCAUUCCGGAGCACACUGGACCAGUAUCACAACCCUGGUCCCGUCAACGCCGCGUCCAACUUCUAA